AUCUCCCUUCCCAUCCACGUUCGGCCACUUCCUCCUUUCUCAAGCUCUCUCUCCUCUCCUCGCAGUCGCAGCGCAGUAGUCUCUAGGGUUUUAGCGGGCGGUUGUCCUCCACCCGCUCGCCGCGUGGCCGCCGCCUUCUCCCCGCGCCACCGCCGAUGGACGUCGACUCCGACCCAGCCGCCGCGGGCAAGCCCACCCAGAUGGACCUCGAGGACCAGACUGACGCGAAGGGGAAGGGGAAGAGCGAGGAGCUCGCGGACUCCAUCGGGAGCCUCUCCAUCGGCCCGGAGCGCACCAAUUUCAAGAAGAAGCCGGUGAUCAUCAUCGUCAUCGGCAUGGCCGGGACGGGGAAGACAACUUUUAUGCACCGACUGGUAUGCCACACCCAGGCUUCAAACAUGAGGGGUUAUGUGCUCAACCUUGACCCUGCGGUGAUGACGCUGCCGUUUGGGGCCAACAUAGAUAUCCGUGAUACCGUUCGGUACAAGGAGGUGAUGAAGGAGUAUGGUCUUGGCCCCAAUGGCGGUAUCCUCACCUCUCUCAACCUAUUCUCCACCAAGUUUGACGAGGUUAUAUCUGUUAUUGAAAGACGAGCCGACCAGCUGGAUUAUGUCCUGGUGGACACGCCAGGGCAGAUUGAAAUCUUCACUUGGUCGGCUUCAGGAGCUAUCAUAACAGAAGCUUUUGCAUCGACAUUUCCAACAGUUGUCGCAUAUGUUGUUGACACCCCCAGAUCAACGAGCCCUGUUACUUUCAUGAGCAACAUGCUUUAUGCCUGCAGUAUUCUGUACAAGACCCGCUUACCGAUGAUUCUGACAUUUAAUAAGGUUGAUGUUGCCAAGCAUGAGUUUGCUCUUGAGUGGAUGGAAGACUUUGAGGCGUUUCAGACCGCCUUGGAUUCUGACUCAUCAUACUCCUCUACAUUUACCCGAAGCCUCUCUCUUGUCCUGGAUGAGUUUUACAAAAAUCUGCGGUCUGUUGGAGUAUCUGCCGUAUCUGGCGCUGGAGUCAAUUCAUUUUUUGAAGCUAUUGAAGCAAGUGCCAAAGAAUACAUGGAGAAUUACAGGGCUGAUCUUGACAAGAGGAUUGCUGAAAAAGAGAGGUUAGAGGCUGAGCGUAGGAAGGAGAACAUGGAAAGGUUGCAAAGAGACAUGGAAAACUCUAAAGGACAGACUGUUGUGCUCAGCACUGGUUUGAAGGACAAAAAUCGUGCUACGGAUAUGAUGGAUGAUGCUGAUGAGGAGGAAGAGGAGGCGGCAUUAGAAGAUUUCAGGAUUUCUGAGGAUGAUGAGGAUGAGGAUGAGGAUGAAGGGGAAGAUGAAGAAGUGGAGCAUUUUGGCUUAUAAGGUGACUGAACGUAGCGUUUACUUGACGGUGUUUAGGAGAACCUAGUCAUGCCUGGUGUUUCUUUCCAGGUGAUUAAAACGGAAAUGAAAUUGUCAAUAUCAUAUCAGUAGGGGUGGCUGAUUGCUAGUCUGUAAAUCGACUCUUCUCUGGGUCAAUCUCGUAUGCUCAUGUCGGCAAUGUAUGCCACGAUUCUAUAAAACUUGAUAUUGAACUUC